GUCAACGCUGGUAGCAAUAUACGAUACAUACAUAUAUACAUACGUACGUAUUUCUCAUUAUACAAUACAUACAUAUAUAAGUACGUACGUAUUUCUCACUACACCCACAACAAACCCGCCUUUCUUCCUACCGUCGCGCUUUUCCGGAAGGGAGACAAAUAACCAUCACCCCAGGCGCACGUUAGAUACGUCCCUUCCUUCGAAACCCGCCUUUCUUCCUACCGUCGCGCUUCUCCGGAAGGGAGAAAAAUAACCUUCACACCAGGCGCACGUUAGAUACAACCCUUCUACUCGAAAACCUCUUUCAGAGAAAUGAAAUCGCCCUUCAAAAAGCUCCUGAAACUCCGAUCUCCUCUGACCGAAAAACCACCAGAUUUCCCCAAACUACCCUCCAUGAAUACCCAAAAUACCCUUCCUAUCCCCACCCUCUCUAUUUCCCUCGCUUCCCAAAAUGCCCUCACUCAAUUCCUGAAAUCCCAUCUCACUUCCCCCAUCACUCCAUCCCAGCUCCUCUCCUUCCUGCGAACCAAACUCCAUCAUCACCCUACAUUCACACAAUUCGAUUUCCACAUCUUCCGGUGGGCCGCUUUGAUUGAUGACUCCUUCCGCCACGAUCACUCCACCUACGAGUGGAUGGCCCGCACCCUCGCCAUCACUGAUCGCUUCGAUGAUCUCAAUUCCCUCCUCCAGACCGUCCUCUCCGAUCCCUGCCCGUGCUCUGAUGGCACUAUCUUUGCCUGCCCACGCAUUGAGCCCAUCUUCCGGUUUGCCCUCAAUUCUUUUGUCCGGGUGGGCCGACUCAAUGAUGCCAUUGCUGCCUUUGAAUCCAUGAAGAGAUCCAUUGAUGGGAAGCCUAAUAUAGUCCUAUACAACAUUUUAAUAAACGGGUUUGUUAAACAUCAGAAUCAUGAAAAAGCCCUCGAGUUGUAUCGGAAGAUGGUGAAGGAUGGCGUGAGACCGGAUGUGUUCACGUUCAAUAUUUUGAUUGGGAGUUGCUGUCGGAAUUUGAAUUCCGAUUCGGCCCUGGGUCUGUUUCGGGAAAUGCGGAUCAGAGGUUGUAAUCCAAAUGUGGUUAGUUUCAACACGUUGAUUCGGGGUUGUUUUAGAGAAGGGAAGGUUGAGAAGGGCAUUGGGAUCGCCCAUGAAAUGCUCGAUUUGGGUUGUGGGUUUUCGGUUGCUACGUGCGAGAUUUUGGUGGAUGGGCUUUGUAGGGUGGGGCGGGUAGUUGAUGCUUCCACUUUUUUGGUUGGGUUUUUGAGGAAAGGAGCCAUUCCUAUUGGGUUUGAUUGUUUGAAUCUCAUCGAGGUACUAUGUAGGGAAGGGAAGAUGGAUCGAGCAUUGGAGGUUUUGGAUGAAUUUUGGGCAAGUGGAAGAAGGCCGAGUGUGGUCGCUUGUACUACGUUGAUUGAAUGCAUGAGGAAUUCAGGGAAGAUUGAUGAAGGGUUGAGAUUGAUGGAGAGGAUGUUGAAAGAUGGGAUUGUUCCGGAUAGUGUUACGUACAAUUGUGUUGUUCAAGCUUUAUGUGAUGUUGGGCAGGUAAUGGAUGCGAAUAGACUGAGGGUGUUGGCUUCGAGCAAAGGAUUGGAUCCGGAUGGUGCGACAUUCGAUAUGUUGGUUUCUGGGUUUGCGAGGGAAGGUUGGAGGAGAGAAGGCGAAGGUGUUGUUGAUGAGAUGUUGGAUGCGGGAUUCAUACCGGAUAUUAGUACGUACAACAGGUUGAUGGAUGGGCUUCGAAAUGGAAGUAUGCCCAUUCGUCGUCAUAGAAAUGUUACUGGUGAGUGAGAAUUGAUUGCUGUAUUGGCUAGUAGUGAGGACCACCCUAACUCCUUGGGCAAUUAACUAGUCGGCGUUCUUUGGUGUUUUGAACUGUGUCAGGCCUCAUGUUCAACUUGAGGAAAAGUGGCGUCGCCGGGGUUGCUUUUGAUGGUGAAUUUGUGGAUUCCUUUGCCGACUUUUUGGAAUGUAAUUUUACGUCUCCCGAUGAAGGGCAUUGGUCUUAUGAUUGGGGGGAAUUCAAAUUUUUGAGACCCAAUUGUGGAGAGAAUUGAAAAGAGCCGGCAAAAUGGGAAAUUAAAAAACCUUAUCUUACAUUGGGAGGGAGAAUUUGAUAACAAAUCUUCCAAUAUGCUUCCUUUCUUUAUUUAAGAUGCUGGCAAGCAUUGCUAAGAGAAUAUAGAAGAUCCAGAGGGAUUUUUGGUGGGAGGAAAGAGAGAAGGGCACAAAUUUCACAUCGUCAAUCAAGGUUUGAAGUAUUGCCAACACCAGUACAUGUUGCCCAUGAAUGAUACAGCUGUAUCAGCCUGUUGGCCCAAGACAGUGAUAUCGGGUGAUAUGGGGCCAUAUUGGUGGUGAACUAUAUGAUACCCAACACACCGAUUUUAGAACCUUGUCUUUAACUGAGGGAAAGUCCAAAUUCAAAGAGGGAAGGUCUUGGGAUGGUUUGGUUAAGGGAGACGUAUUGUUCCCUUGGAAAAUGGUGGUGGCGGUUCAGGGAUGAGCUGGAAGCCUUAUGGAGAGAAGUUAAAUGGAAAACAUGGACUUUGGGAGGUGGUUCUCGGGCAGUUAUCUAGGAAUGAAGUUUCAAAUGUGUCAAGGGCAAUUGACUUGAUUGGCAGGAGAUCUAACAUUGAGGGCGGUCACUUCCGAACAAAGUGGGUGACUUCGAGGAGGACCCGAGGAUGGUGUUGGUUGAGGAAACAAGAUCUGUUUAGGAAAAAUGUGUGGCUUGGGGGCUCUAAUUAGAUGCUUCUUUUCCAUCCAUUUGCUCUUUGGCUUUGAACAAAGAGGCCAUGGUUGAUGAAAGCCCCUUUGUUUUGUUUUUUUGGGGGUUAGGGUUAGAUGCAACAUGAAUGAAGAUGAAAUGAGGGGUUUUGCUGACCUUAUGGGUUCACUUCAUGAGGCUGACAUUGUUCUCUUGGGUGAAGAUUGGAAGUAUUGGAGUUGGUUGGCUUGGGGAAUCGUCUCAUACAAAUCUAUAAUGUCCAAGUUGUGUGACAUUGGUAAUUACAGCCACCUGUGUGCCUUUGUGUGGAAAGUCCCCAUCUGUCCUAGAGUUCAGUCCUUUGGUUGGAUUGCUGCUGCAAACGAAAUCUUAACUUUGGGUAAUUUAUAGAGGAGAAACAUGGCGCAAACAAAUAUCUGCUUUAUCUGUAGGAAAGUUGAGUUGCCGGUGGAUCAUCUGUUCUUGCAUUGCAUGUCAAUGUGGGCAGUUUGGGAUUAUUUUCGCAGUUCUUUAGAGUUCAAUGGGCUGUUGGAACAUUGGUUUUUGAUGUAAUUUUGGGUGUUAGUGCUACCUACCUUCACUGGGACCUGAUUUUGUUCUUGUGGAGGGGUUGGGGUUUAUUGUAUUUGUGGAGGUUUGGAUUGGAGGAAGAUUCAUUGUGGAAAGACACCAUUGGGAGGAAAUAUGGGCAUCAAAUAGGGGGAUGGUGGACAUGAACUUCAUUGCUAUAUAGAGCCUCUGACUUAUGGAAUCCUGUAGCUUCACUAAUUAGCAAAAAUACCAGAGGGAGUGGCCUUCUUAUUGGGUAAUGGGAAAAGGAUACAUUUUUGGGAGGACAUUUGGAUAGGUGGCAAACCGUUGAGGGAAGUCUUUCCAAGGUUGAUGCGAUGCUCCACCUCAGAAAAUAUUUCAGUUUCACAUUGUUUCUUGAUAGUAGGGGGAGAGAUUGCCUGGGCCCCACCAUGUCACAGGAUGAAGAAAAUGAAGAUCUCGCUGAUACUCUUAAUGUUACUCCGCUAUGCAAAGCCAACACUUGGGAUAAACGAUGCUAUGAUUUGGCUCAAAGAGCAGUCUGGCCGACGCUCCGUGAAAUCCUUGUAUAAACUUCUUAGUGGUCCGCCUUCGGGCUCCCCACCUCAUCACGCUGCUCACUUCUGGCAUUAUGGGGCUGCUCCCAAAUUUGUGGUCUUGGCCUGGUUAGUCGGGAACAAUAAAGUGCUGGCAGUUGGUAAUCUUCGUUGCGGGAAUUUGCCACUCACAAAUGUCUGUAUGAUGUGUAUAAAGGAUGAGGAAUCAGAGGACUGUCUCUUUUUUUCA